AUGGAUUUCGUGGAGGAGAAGUUCUCUCUAAAAAGCCCCGUGGUGAAGGGUGGUGGGGACUUCUACCUGGAGCCGGUGUUCCAGAGUCUCGAGGCCGGACACUACUUUGGCAAACCAUCGGGGAAAUGCGACCAGAGCUUCGGCCUGGACAGAGCUCCAUACUCGGUCUCCAAACCAGAGGCCGACUCUCUGCAGGGCGAGCUGGUCUCCUCCCCGGUCUCCUCCAGUUCCCGGCGCUUGGGCGAGGAGUGCCUGGAGGGUGACAGUCAUGUGACCAGCAGCAAGAAGCGACGCCAUCGCACCACGUUCAGCAGCGCGCAGCUGGACGAGCUGGAAAAGGUGUUCCAGAAGACACACUACCCCGACGUGUACGUGCGCGAGCAGCUGGCUACUCGCACUGAGCUCACAGAGGCCCGCGUACAGGUCUGGUUCCAGAACCGCAGAGCGAAGUGGAGGAAGAGGGAGAGAUAUGGGACUCUGCACAAGACCCACUACCCCCCGACCUACGAGCUGCUGCCCCAGAGCUACACACAGAUCCCCAACAGCCUGUGGUCGGCCCCCCCAGCAGCGCCCCCUGUGGCCUCGUCCUGUGUACUGCAGCGCUCCUCCCCCCCCUGCUCCUACCCUCCGCACUCUGACCAGAACUACGCCAACUACAACCAGCAAAACCAGUUCAGCUUCUUCAACCCGGACUCUCUGCUCACGGCCAGCCCCCACGGACCUGGUCUGGCCCCGCUCGGACCUGGUCUAAACCCACACGGACCGACUCUAACCCCCCUCGGGCCCCCUCCUCCCUUUGAGACUAAGCCCGAGCUGGAGCGGCGUAGCUCCAGUAUCGCUGUGCUGAGAAUGAAGGCCAAGGAGCACGCAGCCAACAUCUCCUGGACUUGA